AUGCCAGCCCGCUGCGUGGCCGCCCACUGCGGCAACACCACCAAGUCGGGCAAGUCCCUCUUCCGCUUUCCCAAGGAUCGCGCAGUGCGAAUGCUGUGGGAUCGUUUCGUGCGCGGCCGCCGCGCCGACUGGUAUGGGGGCAACGACCGCUCUGUUAUCUGCUCGGACCACUUCGCCCCAGGCUGCUUCGACGUUUCUUCUGUCAUCCAGAAAAACCUGCGUUUCUCUCAGCGCCUGCGACUGGUGGCGGGUGCCGUGCCCACCCUGCACCGGGCGCCAGCCCUGCCCGCCGAAGAGCAUCCGGAGGAGCCGGCGCCGACCUCGACCCCGGCCCCCGAGCGUGCGGAGGAGCGUGGAGAGGACCGACCGGUGGGUCAGCAGCAGGACGACCCUCCUGCAAACCCCACACCCUGCAGACUCCUCCCCGCGAGGAUGAGGCCAGCGACAGCCCAGAUUACUAAUGAAUAUGAAGCUACCCAGACACAAGUAGAUGUUGAUCACCAAUCUAAUGAUGUCACUUCGGUGCCUCUUUACUGUGAAGAAGGCUUAGUAUCUAUAGAUGUUGAUGUUCAUGCACUUAAGAUGCAUAAAAGUACACAAAUUUCUCUGAAAAGGCCCCCUCAUCGUAGUGUGGGUAUUCAGGCCAAAGUAAAAAUAUCAAGUAAACGACUUUGUGAUGCAACUACUCAAACAGAUGAAUUAUGGUCUGUUCCUAGAACUUCUUCCCUGUUUGGAAUUUACUCCAGUGAUUCUGAAACAGAUACUGACUGGGAUAUCAAGAGUGAACAAAGUGAUUUAUCUUACAUAGCUGUGCAGGUGAAAGAAGAGACAUAUUGAAUGUGGACAUCAUCAAAUCAUUCAAUGUAUUAUAGAUUUUAAUCUUUACCAGUAUGUAAUUAUUUCUUAGAUCUUGUAAUUUUGUUCUUAUUUCUUCCUGAAAAUUUGGUAUUUUGUCACCAACAAGCCUUGUUUUGAGUGAGACAAAAAUUUGCCUACAUUCAGAGCUACUGGAAAUGGUUCUGACACCCUCUUUUUUCACUCUAUGCCUUUUUUUAAAAAAAACUAGCAAACAUAUACAAAAGCAAGUUGAGAUUUCUAGAGACAAAUCAAGCACCCACUACUUAAGAAUAUCAUUAUUUUUUAAGCUACUUUUAAAAAAAUCAGCAAAAUGACUAUAGGAAAAGACAAAUAAUAGUAAAUGGUUUAGGGUGAGAUUAAGCUAUUUAUACAUAGAUGAUUAUCUAUUAAGAUGACCUAUAUCUUAUUUAGCCCUAAGAGCAUUAGAAUUAUGACUCAGUACUUUUGGGAAUUCCUAGUGAAAGAUUUGUAUCUCAGAAUUUUUUCUGUGGAUAAUCGCUUAAUUGUGGGCUAGAUUUGGUUUACUUAAAUUGAUUUGUGAUUCAGAUUAACUUGCAUCAAUUUACAGUCUUAAUUUAGUUUUCUAUUAAUUUUAUAUAUAGGAAUUACUAGUAUCUAAAAUAAUAUGACCAGGAGAACUUCAAACAUCUGGCCUGUCAUGGCCUAGCUUUUCCCAUAUCAGUACAUUUUUAUUUUUUAUUCUACUAAAUUAAGUGUUUGAAAAGUAAACAUGUGCAAGUUAACUUGCAUCCACCAAUCAACCAGGGAAAUUCCUAUGGCAAUAUCAUUCAAUAGCUAUUCCAUUACUAUGAUUUCUGGAGAAACUUUAUGGGCUAUAAUCCUUUUUUCAAGAACAAUGAAAAGAAACUUCCUCUUUGCAUCUCUUGUAUGCUGUUGGUUCUGUUGAUAUGGAUUACACUUAUUUUAUCUCCAAAGGUGUAAAUAAUAAAAGGAUUUUUUUGAAGUUCAUUUCAACUGUGACUUAACUUGACCACUGUAAUUUUCAAAAAAUAAAGUAUAAAAUUAAUUUUGUUUAA